UUGCAUCUUAUUUUGUGACAGUGUUUACACAGCAGAUCCGUGAGUAGAUUUCAGCGAAGCUUUUCUUGCUCUUUUUUUUUUUUUUUUAAUUUUCACAACAUGAGAUUAAAAUCCGCGACAACCAAAAGUGUACUGUAGCCCGUUUCGUAUUUUGGGUUCAAAGCUCAGGCUUUACUAUUUAAAGCAGACAGCCAUGGAUUCCGCCUUUGAGAGGCACCGCUCGGAGCUGGUGGCACGGGAGAGGAGCGGACACACGGCUGUGGUGGAAGGAAACCUGCUAUACGUGUGGGGCGGAUACAUGUCAGUUGCUGAUGAUGAAGUCUUCCUACCCAAUGAGGAAAUCUGGGUAUAUGAUUUAGAGGCAGGUGUAUGGGAGGUGUUUCACACAGCAGGAGAAGUCCCUCCCUCCUUGUCUGGGACCUGCAGUUGCUCUCUGAAUGGACACAUGUACAUAUUUGGAGGCUGUGAUGAUAACGGACAGACCAAUCAGCUCUACUGUGUUGACCUGACAGACGGUAAAUACAUGUGGAAGAAGAUCAUACAGGAGUUUGGUUCUUCUCCGUCCCCUCGAGACAAGUUGUCCUGCUGGGUUUACGAUGGAAAGAUCAUCUACUUUGGAGGAUAUGGUCACAAACUACUGACUGAAGUUGACAGCAGGAACAGAAGCUUCAUCAUAGAUGAAACUUCAUGGGUAGAAGACGUCUUUUGGGGAUGGAACAGUGAGGUUCAUAUAUUUGACCCCACGCAAAACAGCUGGAGUGAACCACACACUCACGGUCGUGCUCCUGCCCCGAGGGCUGCCCACGCCAGCGCCACCCUCGGACAUAGAGGUUACAUCUGUGGAGGCAGAGUCAUGGAAACCAGGAUGAGUGACAUUCAUUGUCUAGACCUUGAAUCAUGGACGUGGUCCACAAUAGUCCCGUUGUCUACCUCUCCAGUGGGCAGAUCAUGGCAUACACUCACAGCGGUAUCAGACACCACCUUGUUCCUGUUUGGAGGUCUCAGCGUAGACUGCAAACCAAUGAGUGAUGGGUGGUUGUUUGACGUUGAAACGAAGAAAUGGAGAGAAUUUGAGCAUCCCUUCAAGAAUAAGCCAAGGUUGUGGCACACAGCGUGUCCAGGCAAAGACUCUGAUGUGAUCGUGUUUGGAGGAAGCUGUGACUACAUCCUCCUUGUUGACACUGGUCACUGCAAUGAUGCACUUGUUUUCCAGACACAACCAUAUCCUCUGUUUAGGAUUUGCGAGGAUUACAUUGCCAAGAAUGUGAGGAACUACGAGAUGCUCAGAAAUCAGCUUCCUCUGCUGCCUUCCAAGCUGCUGAAGGCGGUACAGAGGAGGGUUUCUUUCUACAGGCCUUCAAAGAAGCAGACUGUUAGUUAAAGAGCAUCUCAAAUGCUAAUAUUAACAAUGCCAUAGACACAUUUUUAAAAGCUGUCAAAGUACUGUACUCCUAUCAGUGUGAACAUCGCACUCAGCACACUGGGCUCCGGACUCUUUUAUUUUUUAAAUAUAUUAUGCAAGAUGUUUGUAAAAAAAACGUGUCAUAUUUUAUUGUUUAUCAGUCGCACAUUUUAUUUUGUACAGUCUGUCGAAAACUCUACACUUGUCCCUGUGAUGAAUGCAACAAUUAAAUGAGUGAAGAACUCGUGAAAA